CGAGGGAAGGGCCAGGGGAGGUGUGGACGACUACAGAGUGAGAGCGACUCCACGAGACGAACGAGCUCACAUCGCUUUUCCCAACCGGCGCACGCGAGAGGAAGAGGGAGAUUUUCUUAUACAAUGACGACGACAGCUGCGGAAAGUGAUCCCCGCCUCGCCCACAUCAAGGAGUCGAUUCGUACCAUCCCCGGUUUCCCAAAGGCCGGUAUCCUUUUCCGCGAUGUGACGACUCUUCUGCUUGAUCACAAAGCUUUUAAGGACACCACUGACAUUUUUGUCGAACGAUACAAGGACAUGAAAAUAGACGUCGUUGUUGGAAUUGAAGCACGAGGUUUCAUAUUUGGCCCACCGAUUGCACUCGCUAUUGGAGCGAAAUUUGUUCCUCAACGAAAGCCCAAGAAGCUACCAGGCCCUGUUGUCGGUGAGGAGUACGAGUUGGAGUACGGUACAGACCGAAUUGAGAUGCACGUUGGAGCCGUGCAGCCCGGUGAACGCUGUUUGAUUGUGGACGAUCUUAUUGCAACCGGGGGUACACUUGCUGCAGGAAUAAGGCUACUAGAGCGCGUCGGUGCCGAGGUUGUGGAGUGUGCCUGCUUGAUCGAGCUUUCGGAUCUGAAGGGCCGUGAGAAACUGAAAGGCAAGCCUCUGUUCAUCCUGGUAGACUUCGAGGGAGAGUAAAUUUCACAACGUCACGUCUCUCCAUCUUUGGUCCAUGGCUUUUGUUACGGCAAGUUUUGAGCCGCUUCAGUCCUGCUGAGCUUGAGCGGUUCCACCGUACCUCGAUUAGGUUGGUGAGGUAGAGUAGUAGAUAAUUUAUAGCCAAGCCAUCUUGGCAUUUCUUUUUCGUGAGGCGAAGCCUCCAGAGCACCUAAUAUUUAUUGAGAUUUUGAUGUAAUGUUAAUAACGAAAUCUAUGAGGCCAAAUUGAUGCCCAUCAGGGUUACA